GCCAGGGACGACUGCCAGUCUCUAGUGGAACAGUUCCAGGGCUUAUCUUCUGGGCACCCGGCUCCGCUGAUAAGAGGGCUAUCUUUAGUUCCAGGGCUGAGAAAGAAAGGUGAAGAGCCUGCCAAGGUCAAAGUCAUGGCGGCUUUUCGCGACAUUGAGGAGGUGAGCCAGGGUCUGCUGAGUCUGCUGGGAACUAACCAUGCCCAGGCACAGCAGCGACGGCUCCUGGGGCGCCACGAGCAGAUCCUGGAGCGGCUGCUGGAGAUGCAGGAUGGCGCUGAGCAGCAGCUGCGAGAGACGCUGGCCGCGGAGGAGAAGGUGGCCCAGAGCCUUCUAGACACCAAGGAGUGCGUGCGCCAGGGGGCCGUGGAGCUGCGGCAGCUGGAAGCCGAGCUCCAGAAGGCGGGGGACGAAGACGCCAUCCUGCAGGCCAGGCUGCGCCAGCUCAGCCAGGAGCUGCAGGACCUCAGGGAGCUGGAGGCCGAACUCGACAGACAGGAGCGAGAGGUGGACGAGGACACCACGGUCACCAUCCCUUCCGCAGUGUACGUGGCUCAGCUUUACCGUCGGAUUAGUAAAAUAGAGUGGGAUUACGAGUGCGAACCUGGGACCAUCCGCGGCAUCCACCAUGGCCCCAGCGUGGCCCAGCCCGUCCACCUGGACAGCGCCCAGCUCUCCAAGCAGUUCAUCAGCGACUACCUCUGGAGUCUGGUGGACACCGAGUGGUAGAUGGGAGCCACGGGGACCGACAGGACGCCGAGGCUGCAGUGGAGGGCUGCGAGUGGCUGGGUGGGGGGAUCAGGUUAACAAUAAACGUUUGCACUGGACCUGGCGGUGCUCUC